AUGUUAAAUAGAGAUUUUACUAAACCUAGAAUUAACGAAAAAUUACAGCCCUGGCAAGUUACAGGUCUAGCCGAUGGAGAAGGGGCAUUUAUUUGCACUAUUACAAAAUCGGGUAGAGGAUUAACAGGUAAAACUGUUAAAUUAGAAUUUAAAGUUACACAAAAAGCACAUUCAGAGGGAAUAUUACAUGAACUUCAAGAAUAUUUUGGCUGCGGUAGUGUUGUGAUAGACAAUAGAGAAACAGAGACUAAAAAAUAUCGUGUCUCAUCUUUGUCUUUUAUUUUAGAAAAAAUCAUUCCUCAUUUUGAUUCUUAUCCUUGUUUAACUUCUAAGUAUUUAAAUUAUAGAGAUUGGAAACAAAUUGCUUUAAUAAUGGAAAAAAAAGAACAUCUUACUAUUAAAGGAAUUGAAGAAAUUACAAGAUUAGCUUCAAAAUGA